AUGUGUGAACCGAUACCGCUGCGGAAGAUAUGUAAGAGCAGUGUUGCUGAGAUCUUGAGCUCGAGCGAUUCGAGCGUUAAGACGGCAAAUGUUGGGGAUUUGCGGCGCGUCAGGGAUAAUGUACCGCUGCGUCUGUGGGCAGUUGCAUUUAUUGGAUUCUGGGAGAGAGCGGCGUUCUGGGGACUGACGGCGCCAUGGCAAAACUACCUCGAACAUGGAUCAAAGUACACCAGUCAAGAAACACCAGGGGCUCUCGGUCUCGGCCAAGCAAUGGCAACACGCAUCUAUUGCGGAUUCUACGUCUUUUACUACGUCACGCCUGUAUUCAUCGCCAUCAUCGCAGAUAGCUACCUCGGCAGAUACAAAACCCUCAUCAUCAGCAUUGUCAUCUAUUGUCUGGGCUGCACCGUUCUGACCGUAAGCUCAAUUCCGACCAACCUCGACAAGGGAUGGGGACUUCCCGGACUGGUCCUUGCCAUGGUUCUCAUCGGCAUAGGCGGAGGUGGCUUCAAGGCCAUCACUGCCCCCUUUAUCGCUGAUCAGUACAUCGAGACGAAACCUCGGAUUGUAACACUGAAAAGUGGCGAGAAGGUCAUCACGGAUUAUCACCUCACACUACAGUACAUUUACAACCUGUACUAUUGGCUUGGCAACGUCGGCUCGCUCUCCUGGUUCGCCACUGUCUACAUUGAAAAGCACCUCGGCUUCACAGGCGCAUACGGACUCACACUGGGCUUCAUGGGUAUCGCGACGCUACUGCUGAUCUGCGGGCGGCGUUGGUAUAUAAGGCUUCCUCACGAGGGGAACAUAGUCCCUCAAGCAACCAAGAUCCUGUCGUGUGUCUGCAGAAACGGUUUCAAGAUGACGAACGCAUACCCCGAAUACCAGAGUGAGCACUUCCAGAAGACAGUCCCAUGGAGUCGAGAACUCGUCGGCGAGCUAGCACGGGGUCUUCGGGCCUGCCGAGUCCUGCUCGCCUUCGUAAUGUUCUAUGUCUGUUUCGAUCAGAUGCAGAACAACCUCAUCUCGCAAGCCGGGCAGAUGAAGACCAAUGGUACGCCUAACGACCUUCUGCCUGCUAUGAACCAGGUUGGUUGCAUAGUCUUGGGGCCACUGAUACAAGAAGUGUUCUAUCCUUUCCUUCAUCGCCGACGCAUCUACCUUGGACCUAUUACCCGCAUGACUAUCGGAUUCGUCUUCGUUGCACUCUCAAUGCUGUAUGCUAUGGCCAUCCAACACUCCAUAUACAAAUCUCCGCCCUGCUACAACCGCCCUGACACUUGCGAUCACCCCGAUUCUGUCUCAAGCAGGCCCAACGUUUGGAUACAGGCGCCAUUGUACUUCCUGAUGUCUGCUGGCGAGAUCUUUGCGCUGGUCACAGGGAUGGAGUACGCGUAUGACUAUUCUCCAAAAGACAUGAAGGUCAUUGUACAAGCGGUCAGCCUGUUGAUUGCUGGCUUAGCUUCGGCCAUCGCGAUGGCUUUGACUACAGUGGCACAUGAUCCCAAUCUCAGUUGGUUCUACGGCUCACUGACGGGGUUGAUGACGGUUACUGCUGUUAUUUUCUGGAUCAUUUUCCGGAGAUCUGACAACGCCUCGAAGACGAGUGACCAAGAAGCGCCGAGCGAGACUUGA